CUGAAAAUAGAGCUGAGCGCGCGCGGGUUUGAAGGGAAAGAUGGCGUUCCUGCACGCUGUAGAGCUGCUGAAGUUAAACACUCUGCCGACCGCGUGGGUGGACGCGGUGUGGGAGUGCGAGUUCACGGAGGCCAAGUCCUUCGACUCUGCCAUCGAAGAGGAAAUUGGAGACGACGUGAACGUUUUUAAGAACGUGUACCAGCAGUUACUGCCGUUCUCCUCCGACGAUGAGAACACUCAGAGCGUGUGGAACGUGUUCAGGGAAAACGACGUGUCGGUGAGGUCUCUUAUGGCCGUGCUGGCGUGCUUCGUCCUCGGUGCCAAAACCAAAUUGUCCAGCGUGGAGCAGCGACGCCAAGGUCUGCAGGCGGCAUCGCUUUACCUGCUGCUUCUCAGAAUCCCAGGAAGUGUUGCCAAUAAAGUGUACCAUCAGAUCCUGUUCGACACCUGCCUGGACGUCAUGCUGAAAUGCUGGCCACAGAACUUGGGGAAGAAACGCAAGAAGGAUGCACUGAAAAGCUCGCAGGGUGACGCCAAGAGCGGGAAACGCCCAAAACCUCUGAAGAAAGUCUCAGAGGAGAUGGAGAUGGGUGAGGAAGAGGAGCAGGAGGAGGAGGAGGUGUAUUUCUCAGCUCAGGAUCUGUUGGGGAUGCGUGAGGAUGUGGUCAGACUGGUGCGAACGCUGCUGCAUCUGCUGGAGAGGUUCUCGCUCAGGGACAAACCGCAGAGCACCGAUAGCUGCGUGCAGUUGUUCACCGAACUCACCAACUUCGAGCCGGUCGUCGGAGAGCUGUCCUUCGCUGAGAAGCGCGAUGUGGACAAACUACAGGGCCUUCCUGAACUCGCCUAUCAUGGCCUCUGGCUGCUCUGCUCCUCCAAUCACGGUGAAGGAAACGAGUGUCGCCGGCGUGUCUUCCACCGACUGCUGUACGUCAUUCUGAUGAUGAGGAAGGAGAGACCCAAGCCGUGUCUGCUCACACCAUCGCAGGCCGUCUGCAGCGCCAGAGACCAGGCCAUCCUCUUCAUCAGUCAUAUUGUGGAUGAACAGACGGAGGCCACGCUGCCACUGCUUCAGAUCCUCGUACAGCACAUCUGUCACCAGAUGGUGGAGAAGGCAGAAUACCGUGCUAGCGGCGCUCAAGCUGUCGGAAAGCUGGUGACCAAGAUGCCUUGUCACAAUUAUGCCACUUUUGUCAAGUGGCUCUAUAACUAUUCUCUGAACACCAGGGUGGCGUUCCGUAUGUUUGCUCUGGAUGUGGUCAUGGUGCUGCUGGCACAGGACGAACGGGAGGCUCCCGAGGCACUCGAACCUGAUCUGGCCGGGUACCUUUCACACCAUUUCCUGGUGCGCAGCGUGGUGUACGACCGGUGCUCCGACGUCUCGUCGACAGUCAGAGCUCACGCCAUGCACUGCCUCGCCCAGUGCCUGGAGCUGCCCAGCCACAGCGCCACCAAGUGGAUUCAUGAUCUCUUCUCUUCCUCCUCCACGACUGGUUCACAGAUGACGAUGGAGACCGGAUGCUCCAAGCAGACUCUAAAGAGAACAGAGACGGUUCAAAAAACAGCCCUGACCUUCCGCACCAUCGAGCUGACCAAAUACAAGAGCCUGGGAGCUGCAAGUCCACGCAGCACUGACGAUGGCAUGAGCCAGGAUGCGACCGCCAUCGAGUAUCAGGAAACCUUGGCUCUGUUCAAACAGCGUGUGAGCGACCCCAAAACCAACGUCAGGAAAUGUGCCCUCGAGACUAUAAUGAGCCUGCUGAAACACGGCGUGAUCACGUGCAGUCCAGAGAACCUGACCAUUCUCUCAGAGCGCUGUCGAGACCCGGCUAUAUCCGUGAAGAAGAAAGCCAUGCAGUGUCUCAUGGAUCUCCUCACUGCACUACCUGAGAGCGCAGAGGUGCAGGAGGCGUGGCUGAGGGGCGUGGUUCCUGCCGUGAUGGACUCGGAGAGCUCUGUCCAGGAGAAAGCUCUUGAGUGCCUCAACGAGAAAAUUCUCACUCGCAUCAAAAGUCAUGGCAGCUAUUGUCAUGACAACGCAUCCCAGAGAGUGGCCUGGGACCUGCUGAGAUUGAUGUGUGAUAAGUGUCAAGACCUCGGGCGAUAUUUCAGUAAGGCGGUCAGUGUGUUGUCGAGGCAGGAGAAGUUUUCCGCCACGCUGGUAAACAGUCUGAUCUGGCACACGGAGCACGAACAGGCAGCAGCCGCAUGGCUCCUGCUGGCCAAAGUGGCGGGCUGCUGCACGAAGCUCAACCUGGGCAUUAUUCUGGAGGCCUGGGAUCGCACGGUCAGGUCUCCAGUAGUCAACGUGGCUACAUCCUGCCACAUUCUCACCGUCCUUGGUCACAUUGCAGCGAGCCUCAAUGAUGAUACCAAAAGCAGGAUCGUUGAUGAUCUGACGGCAUGGCUGAAGGACUUCAAUCUACCUCUGGAGUUGAUCAGUGCCAGCGUGGACGCUCUGUUCCGUCUCGGCCAGUCCGACAACAUCAAGGACACCAUGAGCUUCCUGAACCGCUUCUGUGGAGAGCUCGUAUCUGUGUGUGAGGAGUUCCUGUCCACCAUCCUCUUAAAUGAGAGAGGGGCAGAGAAUCUAAAUGAGGAUCUGCUGGCGAAGCAUCUAUACACGCUGGGUGUGGCUUCUCUACACUGCCCUGCCAAAGUGCAAAAGCGAGUCUUCCUUCUCGUCCAGUCCAUUCUCACCACGUCUGAGCAACCUGUGGUUGGAGAGGGGGCGGAGUUGCCAGCCAGUCAACCCCUCUCUCAGUUCAAGCCCUCCUCGAUGCCGACGGUGGUGCGAGCUCACGCGGUCAUCACGCUAGGGAAGCUGUGCCUGCAGCACGAGGAGCUGAUGGUGCGCUACAUUCCCGCGUUCGUACGCGAGCUGGAGGUGGGCACGGAGUUGGGGGUGCGCAGUAACGUAGUGGUGGUGCUGUGCGAUCUGUGCGUGCGCUACCCGAACACGCUGAGCCGGUACAUCGACAACAUCUCAGCCUGCCUCAGAGACACCGAGACGCUCAUCAGAGAGCAGAGCCUCAUCAUGCUCACCAAUCUGCUGCAGGAGGAGUUUAUUAAAUGGAAAGGUUCUUUGUUCUUCCGAUUUGCUGCCGUCCUGGUCGACCCAGAUCCCUCCAUUGCAGAUCUGUGCGAGUACUGCCUGGUGGACGUGCUGCUGAAGAAGAACCCGCUGAUGUUCUCUCAGCACUUCAUCGAGUGCAUCUUCUACUUCAAUGCCUACGAGAAACACAAGAAAUACAACAGAUUCCCCCAGACAGAAAGUGAGAAGAGCAGGUUUUCUUUCAAAGGGCAGAUGAACCAGGGCAAACGCUUCAGGAUCUACAGAUUCCUCCUGAAACACUUCACAGAUGAACAGCGCUUUAAUAUUACGACCCGAAUCAGCCAGGACGUUCUGGCAUGCUUCGUAGACUCGGAGCUGCCUUUAGAUUCAAUAGGUGCUGAGCUCCUGGCUGACGUGUUCGACGUCCUUUCACUGAAGGAGCUCAAGCUGACCGCCAUGAGCGGCCCUUCACCCAGCGACGAUCCUCCUGAGGACGAGAUGGCUGUCGCUAAAGCUGUGCUGCAGAAAAAGCUCGUCUCUCAGGUGCAGAAAAAGAACUUCGUGGAGAACGUGAUCCCCAUGAUCAUCGCCCUGAAGAACAUGCUGGAGGAGAAGCGCCUGCCCGUGCUCAAACACCUCAUGGCCUACCUGCAGGUGACCAUGCAGGACUACCGUUCUGAGGUGAAGGAGCUCUUUGCAGCAGAUGAGCAGCUGGCUGCAGAAGUGGAGUACAACCUGAAGAUGUUUGAGAAACAAAAAGAGCAGCAGGAGCUGGAGCAGCAGCUUAGCAGUUUCACACUGUCAGUCGGAACUAAAGGUAGCACCGCUGCAUCUUCUGCUCCAGGCGUCAGAGCCACAUCUCUGCCGCCUCAGUCCGCCCAGAGACCCUCAAACACCCUAAAAUCUGCAGACGCACUCAGACGGCGUACCAUUGCUGGAAUGCUGACCCCUGUGGAACAGAGAGCUUCCCGCGGUGUAAUGUCUUCAGGAUCUUCAAAUGGAGUUUUUGACAGAAGAGCUAUCAGCACGCCACAGGCGAGCGUCAACGAAGUGACAUUUGGCGAGCAGUUUAGUGCCAUCUGCGACGACGGAGCUGGAGGAAAGAGUAGUGAGAGUGUUCUACAUCUGAGGUCACCAGAACACGAAGUUCCAGCACCAAGGCAGUGGAACGUAGAGUCUCCUGUUGUGAGGAAAAGCCGAAGCAAGAGACGGCAGUAAUGAACAUGCUUUUAUAUCAUACGUUUGCGUUCCCAUAAUCUCUUCAGCUUUUACUGUCUGUGUACCUGUUUUAUCGGUGUAUCUGUUUACUGUCCUCAUAACUUUCUCACACCUGUUUUCUAAAAUAUCCCUUUUUUCUGUGUUUUAUAUAAAAGAAAUAAACUUCUAAAAGAACUCUCAA